CAGAAGAAGAGUUUCUAAACAAGUUUAUGAUGUGAUCUCUUGGAAACUUUAAAUUGAAAAAUCAAUUGUUAGGCAACAAAUUGGAUAUCCUUCUUAUAAAUAUCCCCCUCUAAAAUGUUGCAUUUGGGCAAGCAACUGGUGUUCAAAGCGCCAAAAAUCCGGAUCAGUCCUGCCGUUGUGACUGGAAAUGGACAAAGUUCAAACCGGAAUCUCGAUCAAAACAACAACAAUUACCAGCAAACACUUGUUGGCCACAAUCUAUGCCACAAACGCCUGUCCAGUAGCAGUAGUCAAAGUUCAAACAUCGCCCCAAUGAAACGCUUAGCAGGAAAAGUUGCCGUGGUCACCGCCUCCACCGAUGGCAUUGGCUUCGCCAUUGCCAAGCGAUUGGCUGAGGAUGGAGCUGCCGUGGUCAUCAGCAGUCGAAAGCAGAAGAACGUGGAUAACGCUUUGGCAGAACUGCGAAAACUGAACCUCAACGUGCACGGACUCAAGUGUCAUGUGGGCGAAGCUCAGGACCGCAAACAGCUCUUCGAGGAGACCAUCAGCAAGUUCGGCAAGCUCAACAUUUUGGUCAGCAACGCAGCCACCAACCCAGCAGUGGGCGGUGUCUUGGAGUGCGAUGAAAAGGUCUGGGACAAAAUUUUCGACGUGAACGUAAAGAGCUCCUACAUGCUGGCCAAGGAGGCCCUUCCGCUUCUGCGGCAGCAAAAGGGAUCCAGCAUAGUCUUCGUGUCCUCCAUAGCGGGCUACGACGCCUUUGAGCUACUAGGUGCCUACUCUGUAAGCAAAACGGCUCUAAUUGGACUGACUAAAGCUGCAGCCAAGGACCUAGCUCCCGAGGGCAUUCGUGUGAACUGCCUUGCUCCCGGUGUCAUCAAAACCAAGUUCUCCAGGGCUCUGCAUGAAGAGGAAGCGGCCAACGAAGCUGCCCUUAGCAAGAUACCCAUGGGACGGCUGGGCACCAGCGAAGAAAUGGCCGGCGUGGUCUCUUUCCUAGUCUCUGAGGACGCUAGCUACAUUACCGGAGAAUCGAUAGUGGCAGGAGGUGGAAUGUCGGCUCGCCUUUAAGCAUUGUGUAUAAAUAUAUUUCCUUAAAGUCUA